AUGGCUAGUCCAAGUACCAAUGAGACUGAAGAAGUCAUGCUGGCCCCUUCAGGGGAAGGAGAGCCAGCGACAGGUGUCCCAACUGUCUCAUCCCUGGAUCCAAAUAUGGAUCCCAGGGAGAUUCUGGGGACCCGUGGCGAAAACGCUGUGAGCCAAGGUCCAGGUCCCCAAGGCAGCCCACAACCGCAGGACCCAAACGAAGGUGCUGCCGAUGUGGAAGGAAACAGGACCAUUCUUGGGCUCUCCUUCCCUAGAAAGCUCUGGAUGUUAGUGGAAGACGACACCUUCACCUCCAUGUGCUGGAAUGACGAUGGAGACGCCGUGAUCAUCGAUAAAGAUCUCUUUCAGACGGAGGUUCUUAACCGGAAGGGCGCAGAAAGAAUCUUUGAAACAGACAGCUUGAAGACCUUCAUCCGGCUGCUGAAUCUCUAUGGAUUCAGCAAAAUACGCCCAAACGACCCUUCGGGUUGCUCUCCAGGGAACAACACAAUGAUGAUCUACCGCCACUGCAACUUUCAGAGACACAAGCCUCUGCUCGUCGAGAACAUCAAGAGAAAAUGUAAUCUGAUGAUUAUAACCUGCCCAGGGACGAGCGUAACACCUCCAAAGAGAAAGAAGGAGGAACCCCCUACACGACGCUCCCAAAGA